AUGGGCUCCAUUCAAAAUGAGGACCACAUGCAGAAACCGCCGCCAUUCCACCUCACCGAGGUUGACCGUCAGAUCCUUGCCCAGACCGACGACGAGUUUGUGUACCAUGACUGGGAGGAGCUGAGUGGCAUUAUUGCCCGCAAUGACCUCGCUGUCCUCCGCCGCAAACCCUCCGAUCUCCGUCGGUACAUGGCCUGGACAUCCGAAAUCAAGACCACCUACGGCUCCAUCACCAACUACAUUUGCCAAAAGCGCCUAAACUGGACAUCCGCCUCGUCCCCCGACAUCGCCCAAAUAAAAUACAUCAAUCCCACCCCGUUCGCCGACGCGGCUGACUACAGAGUCCUCCGAAACGACUGGCCCUACGGCCUGACCCCGGACAUUAAACACAUCGUAGUCUGGUCCAAAACACCGAUUGCCACAAAGCCCGAGAAUGGCGAUGUGACAGACGAGUCGAGGGCCCUGAUCGAGGCCUUUGUGGACCGCACAUUUGUGUCCAGGUUGCAGAGCGAUCCGGCCUUUGCGGGGUUGGCCAAGGAUGCCAUCCGGGAGCAGAAUAUCCUGUGGUUUAAGAAUUGGGCGGCCCUGCAGAGUGUGAGGAGUCUGGAGCAUUUCCAUUUGCUGGUCAGGGGGAUUCCAGACGAAAUCAUCACCGAGUGGACGAAAGAAGAGAGUGUCGUGCAGGUCAUUCUUUGA